AAUUUGUAACCUACAGCUAAUCUACCAUAAUAAACCCUGUCUCCUCUUACGCAAAUCGACUCACAAAUGCCUAUUAUCUUUACCAGCCCACUUUGUAAGCCUAAUUGUGCUGUCAAUGUGAUCCAAAGACGUUGAAUGCCAAAAUAAUUCUUAUGCCUCGGACAAAGUAUCACAAAUUCCGGGGCGGCGAACGAUGCGACGAGUGUGGCGCUCGCCAAUGGUUUGCGCAAGAUGCCCUGCGGUAUUGCCGAAAUGGUCACCGUCUUGAGGGUUUUGUGAAUCAUGAGGGUGAUGAGGACGCUUUUGGCACCCAGGGUCGCGUGUCACGGAAGAAGAAAGAGACCCGUCGCAAAGUCGCCGUCAAGCUUGCGGGUGACGAUGGCCGCGAGUUAUACCUCGAGGUCCUUCAACUGAUUCUUAUCCGUCAGGUACAAUGGCUUGUUGACACUCAGGGCUUCCCUGACGAUUUCACGGAAUUGGUGAGGGCACUAUGGACACUACGUGUGCGUGAUCUACCUUUGCGGAGGCGCGAGAGCGGUACGGAAGGCAGAGCAGGUAAAGGAUACGAGUCGGAAGGAGGCGCCUCGUCGGCUUGGUUCAGUUCCCAGGGCGAAUCCACUGAUGUCGAUUUCUCGGAUGCAACAACGGCCACGCUGAAUGCGCGGAAGCGAUGGCCGUUACCGCAACUCAUCGAUACUCUCGCACUAUGCUAUCUCGGUUGCUUAGUUAGACAACUACCAGUUUCAACGGCAGAUUUUUAUAUUUGGGCACAGAAGGGAGAUCUAGAAUUUCUAUCCGCCCUGAAUCGAAUACCUCGCAACGUGCGUGAUCGUUUACCUCCCGAGUUCCAUUCUGCGUUACAGGUGCGAGACCACAUCCCAGCUGGACGGUUACAGAAUGCGGUUCAGCGCUUGGUCAAAUCAUUCAAAUUGAACUACGAUAUGACAAUUCCUCCGCUGAACUAUGUUCCCAUAAUACUUCGUUUCAUCACGGAUCUAGUUCUACCAGUCGACGUAUAUAUCGCCGCUAAAUGUAUCGGGGAAAUCCUCAAAGCGGAGUUUUGCUAUCCCUCUCAAGGCGAUAAGAAGCUACGUACAAUGGACAAUCCUGAAGUUUUGCUCAUGUGCUUGGUCGUUGUCUCCACGAAAUUGCUCUAUUCUCUCGAUGGAGUUGAGCGGCUUCCAAUAAGCCAGCUAGACCCAAGACAGACGAAGAUUGACUGGCAAAGUUGGCGGAAUAUAGUAGCAGAAAAGCCUGUGAAGGAACACGGUUAUUUGACACCAGGGGAGGAAUACAAGGUUACGAACGAUGACGUGAUGAAUAUGGAUAAGGCGAAGCUUGAUGACUAUAUGGAUUGGUUUGAAAGGAUGUGGCUACAUAACAGAGAGCCUCAAACAACUGAAAGGGUACGAGAUCUAUUUGAGCAGAAGAGGAGCUCGGCCACAAUAGACCAAUCUGAAGAUCUCAAGAGCCAAGGCGAUCAAAUCAAGGAAAAAUACGACAAGCUUAGUGAAGCAAUCGAAGUAGUCGAUGCGACGACCGAUUUUUCAGAAAAUGUAAAGACUGAGCCAAGAAACCUAUGCCCAAUUUGGCGCCGGGAGGUAGACUUGCCAGAUGCCGCGAAAGUCUUGUACAGCAAAGCAGCAGAACUGGCUGCCAUACCACUGGCAACAUUGAUACGCGGUUCGAUGCAAGUUGAAAGGCAGAUAGAGCUUUGGUGCAUCCAACAAAAUGAAGGGAAAGGGUAAAGAAAGAGUCAGUAAUUGAUAUUGAGGACUAUCUAAAGACCUAUUGGACAAAUGAGAUGGGCGAAUCCGUACACAUCCAAUGUCUAGAAUGUGAGAUCAAGGGAUCCCUAACCUCUCUUUAUGUAUCUAGGUACAUCCGGUUGAUAAUAUGCCUAUAACCAUACCUGCG